UCGGUAAGGAACUCAUCUGUACUCUUCAUUUAUUCAACAGCAAAAUGCCAAAUUGCUAUGAUACUAAAUCCCCAACCUCCCCAAAAUUUACACACUCAACCCAACUAAAAUUCUGAUUUCAUGCAUCUCCAUUUUUAAGAAUUGAAGCAUGUACUAGCAGAAGUUUUCAUCUUUGGAAAACAAAAAUGACGGAAAAUUCAGAGUGUAGUUAUUGUAAGACAUGGGAAGAAGAGAUGUACUGGAAACAUUUCAACCUCAUGCAUUUUCUCCAGAUUUUAACCCCAAACUUCCAUGAUCAUCUUGUACUGCCUGAGAAAUUCACUGCACACAUGAAAGCUCACUUGCCUGAUAAAGUAUCCCUCAAAGGGCCGAGUGGAGCUAAGUGGGAAAUAGAGCUGCUGAAGGCGGCCGAUGAUAUUCUAUUUGUUGGAGAUGGAUGGAAAGACUUUGUGAAAGUAAACAAACUGAAAGAAAAUUACGUGUUGGUGUUGAAGUUUAACAGGAACUCGAGUUUUGAGGUUCUAAUCUUUGAUCAAGAGACUUCUUGCGAGAAGGAAAUAUCCUAUUUUGUGAAGAAGUGUAGUCAUGUUAAGUCUGACAAUGAAGUUCAAAAAAAGACUAUUGCAAGAGAGGCUAGCACUGAGAUUAUUGGGGAUGACGAAGGUGAAAAAGAUUCUGGUUUUGAAGUAUCAAAGAAGUCCAAAAAAGAUGAUCAAGUAGUAGCUUUCUCAGAACAGGUGAACACUCAAGCUUCAAGGAAGCGCGGGCCUUCAAAAGCUAGAGGCAAACCAACAAGGAUACUGCCAUGCCGAUUGCCAGUUAAGCGUAAGUUUCAAUCGGGAAAAAAGUCACUCGGAAAUGAAACUGCCAAGGAACCGAUUGAAAUUUCACAAAGAGAUAUGCUUACGCCUGAAAAUGGAGAAAGCAUCCCCGCGAAAGGUCAUUCUGACAGAUUAGUGUCCCAUUCUAAAAAGAGUGUGAAUAUUGCCAAAAAAGUUAGUCAGAAUUCAAGGACAGAGCUGAUUCCCCCUGAAAAUGGUGAAAAUUCUGCAACGGCAGACCAUUCUGAGAAAUCGAAGGGACAAUCUGAGGAACAUGUAGCUGAAGAGCAGCCAAGUGGAAAUCAUAUUGCAAAUGAACCAAAACUGAUUUCAGAGAUGGACUUCGACACCACUGAAAAUGAAGAAAGUUUCCGGGCCAGAGAUCAUUUACCUAAAUUGAAGCCCCAAUCUGAAAUGAGGCCUAGCAGUAAUGGAACUUCCAAGGAACCAAGACAGGUAGUAGAGAAGGAGCUGAUCGCCCCAGAAAAUGGCAAAAAUUUCCCAGAAACAGACUGUUCCAACGGAUUCAAGGGUCAAGCAGAAAAGGAGCCAAGUGGAAGAAGAGGAAUUGUUAAGGAACCGAGUCCGGUUUCUGGCAGGAAGGUGAUUAGACCUAAUUACAAAGAUAAUUCUUCAGAGGAAGAUCAUUCUUCCAAAUCUCGUGGGAAAAGAGGCAGGCCAAAAAAGCAAGUGCUUCCAAUAUCUUCUAAGAAGCUGGAAUUCAGAAGUGUUUCAGAUGAAAGGAAGUUCUCGAAGGAGUACAUGUCAAAUAGAAGGCCAGUAACUGAGGAGGAGAAAGAGCAAGCUGUGCAGAGGGCAAAUCAGAUACAGACUGAAAAUAGCUUCAUUGCAAUAAUGCGACCUAGUAGUGUUUACAAUAGGUUUUUCUUGAACAUUCCUGCAAAGUGGAUGCAGCAGCAUCUUCCCUACCGAAAACAAAGAGUGAUUCUUCGUGUGGGUGAGCGGAAAUGGCACACUAGUUUAUUUGUAUAUGCAAAGGGUGCAGGGAUCUCUGCAGGGUGGAAGAAGUUUGCCCUUGACAAUUUCUUGGAAGAGUUUGAUGUACUAGUCUUCAACGUGGUUAGCCAGGAAGAUGAGAUCAUUGUUGUGAUGGAUGUUGACAUAUGCAGGGUCGUCCAGAAAGUCGUUCCUCCUCUCCCUUUAAUCUCUUAAACUAAUAGGAGGGUUUUAGUUGUCUUAGAAAGUAGAAUACUAGAAUGUGUGCUCCAGUGUUUAACUGCAUUUUGAUAAACCUACAGUUAUUCACUUGUUGUCAAUAUAACUCUUAACCUAAAACUUAACCGAGUGUACGUACGUACGUAGUAUGUACUACAUGGUAUUAUGAACCGAACCUAUAAGAUUUCCUAGGUAUGCUAGAUUGCCUAUAUAUGGCUCAACGUAACUAUGACUAUAAACGUCAAAAUGUUGCACAAGUGGUGAUCUGCAGUAUUUCAUGUCUCUUAUCUCUAGUAUUUUACUUAUUCCUUUCUAGUUCCUACUUUAGGUUGGGAGCUUUUUGUUUGUAAGAUGCCAAACUAUGCUGGACAACGGAAACCCGUAGUUAACUUUGUUAAUAUUUUAAAAUGUCGUUAAGUAAACCUUAA